AUGGGAAAAGGAGGAAUGUCUCAGGGAGAAGGCUCGAAAGUGGAAGAAGAGAACAUGGCUGCUUGGUUGGUUGGUCUCAACACCCUCAAGAUCCAGCCUUUUCCUCUUCCUUCCCUUGGUCCUCAUGAUGUGAGAGUUAGGAUGAAGGCUGUUGGAAUUUGUGGAAGUGAUGUUCAUUACCUAAAGACCAUGAGAUGUGCGGAUUUCAUUGUGAAAGAACCGAUGGUGAUUGGACAUGAAUGUGUUGGGAUCAUUGAAGAGGUGGGUGAAGAAGUGAAGCAUCUAGUGGUCGGUGACCAAGUGGCUCUUGAACCUGGGAUUAGUUGCUGGAGAUGCAAUCUCUGCAAGGAAGGAUGA